AUGGCUUCACUACCCGUCACAGCCCAUCGCCCAAUCGGCUCUUGGCUCCCCGAGCAGCGCCCAGCAAUCCAAGACUGGAUCGCCUCCAAGCUCAAACAAACCAAAAGAAAGAACUUUGCUUCUCUUGAUCCCAACCCCAAGAUCGUGGCUUUUCAGAAACUCGUCAAUGACAACCCAGACCUCAAAACUCUGGCCAACGACAUGUUUACCCAGUCGUCCAAGCACUAUGACCCCACUGGCGAGCCAGCGCUCAAGACUUUUGAAGAGUUCAUCGACGUCCUCAGUCUCAUCAUUCAAUCUGCCCCGCCCUUCUUUGACAAGCAGGAUCCCCCCACUGCGAUGGGCAUGAUUGGCUUUCCUAUCAAUGCUGUUCUUGAUUGGCCCAUGGGAACUGUCGCUGGGUAUGAGUUCUGGCUUCUUCCUAAAGUUAACAACUCGUUCAAAGGUGUUCUCAACUCCUGGGGCUCGUUCUUGGCAUCUUCUGGCUCUCAGUCUGGUCUAGAGGGUUGGCUGUCCAAGGACGCACUUCACAUGCUAGCCACUGUAGCCAACACUGGUGAUCUCGGCGGCCCAACAUUCGACAAGAUCUUCAUCUGCAAUCCGGCUGAUAAAUACUACGGCUACAAGUCCUGGGACGAGUUCUUCAUCAGAGAGUUCCGAGAUGGCAUGCGCCCCAUCGCUUGUCCAGACGACGACCUUACAAACCCAGAGCAUCCUGAUCCAACCCGCGUCAUCACCAACGCAUGCGAGUCCGCCCCCCUCCAAGUCGCCGAGAACGUCAAGCUCCAUGACCAAUUCUGGCUCAAGUCGCAGCCAUACUCCCUCGACAGAAUGCUCAACUCCAACCCCAACACAAGCAAGCUCGUCGGCGGCACAGUUUACCAAGCGUUCCUCAGCGCAAAGAGCUAUCAUCGCUGGCACGCUCCCGUUAGUGGUAAGGUUAUCGACAUUGAGCUCGUUCCCGGGUCUUACUACAGUGAGAACUACUUUGAGGGUCUGGCGGGUAAUCCAGAUGAUCCUGAUCCCGCGGCGCCGAACUACUCGCAGCCUUAUAUCAGUGCUGUGGCUGCGCGGGGUAUUAUCUGGAUUCAGGCUGAUAAUCCGAAAAUUGGGCUGAUGGCUAUUGUUUUCAUCGGUAUGGCUGAGGUGUCGGGCUGUGAGUUUAUUGUUGAGAAGGGUUCUCAUAUUACGAAGGGGCAGCAGAUCGGCAUGUUUCACUUUGGUGGAAGUUCGCACUGCAUGAUCUUCCAACCGGGUGUUAAGCUCUUGUGGAAGCGCCCGCCUCCUUAUGAUAUGGAUACCGAGAAUAACAGCCGCGUCAACAGUCUGCUUGCUGUUGUUGGUAACUAG